AUGUUUCGCUCUGGUAAUUUAAACUUGCGUCGUGCCUUUCAAAUGAAGCUGUUUGCGAACCCUUCCAGGCAUCUUUUCACGAGUUCGGCAGGGCUAAAGCUAAAUUCGCGGACACAUUUGAGAACUGCCGCCACGGCAAUGACUGUUGGGACUCUGCUUGGAUUUUUGGCCUCUGGAUCUCUCAUCGGACUGGAAACGUCUGAAAAGACACAGUCGAAGGCACAAUCCCCUUCGGAGGAUGCUGUUAAGGCGUCAGAGACGUCGAAACUCGCACCAGACGCUUCUGAGGACGGAGAAUCUAAGCCUCAGGCUGCGUACGACCCAGAUACUGGUGUCAUAAACUGGGAUUGCCCCUGUCUAGGUGGGAUGGCCCAGGGCCCAUGUGGUGAAGAGUUCAAAGCAGCAUUUUCCUGUUUUGUCUACUCUGAAGAUGAACCCAAAGGCAUCGAUUGCAUAGAAAAGUUCAAAGGCAUGCAGGAUUGCUUUAGAAAGUACCCAGAGCACUAUGCCGAUCAAAUAAAGGAUGAAGAAGACGCCGCUCAAGCCGCUCAGGAAAUGGAGUCUAAAAAUGAUCAGACACAAAUGGUUCCCGAGGCAAAACACAUGCACCCCGAAGAGUCUACUCCAAUCCUCCAGCAAGAGGCUGACUUCGGCACAGGUUUAAGUCCGGAAAACAUCAAAAAUGAGGCCGAGCAGGCACCAGAAAAAGACGAAUAG